UGCAAGAAUGGAAAGCUAAGGUUUAUCUCGUUAAGUAGUACGCACACAAAAUGGAUGUAGUAACCUUCGGCAUCAUAGUAGCCCUAAUCCUGGUUUUUUUAGUCAUUGUUUGUUUCAUCACCAUUGAAGGCACUUGCAAACGCCGUUCUUAGUUUGGGUAUUUAUUCUUUUUUUUCCAAUUUCUUGCUGUUUUCUUUCUUCUCUUUUGUUUUCCAAUCUUAACUCUUUUUGUUUUCAAUUUCACUAGAAAAAGCCAGUAAAAAGUGGGUUUUUAUAAUUUUGGAAGGGAGGAAAAUGGGGUUUGAGAAAACACCGAUCUUUUUGGUGGUGUUUUUGGUUUUGGUGAGUUUGGAUCUGUGUGUCGGGAGUGGGUACGGUAUGUCGCCGGCGCACAGUGACCAUGGGCAUCAUCACCAUUGUGAUCACGGACAUGGACGUGGGCAUGACCACCACCAUCAUCAGCACCGCCAGGCGGAGGAAGAGAGGAAGAAGAUGAUGUUACCGGAGGAGUUGGCUGAGGAAGAAGACAUGAAAUUGUAUGGAUUUGGGCCCUAUCGGGAUGAUCACGAUCACGAGCUCUCCAAUUCAGGCCUUUGGUUACGUGCAUUGGGAUGUUCGCUCUUAGUAAGCUUGGCUUCCCUUAUUUGCCUGAUUAUUUUACCUGUGAUAUUCAUACAAGGAAAACCAUCCAAGGCAAUUGUUGAUUCCCUGGCUUUAUUUGGGGCAGGAGCUAUGUUGGGAGAUGCUUUUCUUCACCAGCUGCCGCAUUCAUUUGGUGGUGGGCACUCCCACUCACAUGCUGACUUCGUGGAUCAUGAUCAUACUGGACAUGAUCAUACGCAUGCACACUCUUUGAAGGACCUUUCUGUGGGCUUGUCUGUUCUUGCUGGGAUAGUACUCUUUCUUCUUGUUGAAAAGCUGGUCAGAUAUGUCGAAGAAAACUCUGGAGGGGCUAGUGGUUGGAGCCAUGGUCAUCAUCACCAUCAUCACAAGAGCAAUAAAAAAUUGAAAAAUGAUGCCGAUGCUGCUGCUCAUGACAACAGUUCGCAACCUGACAUAUCAGACGACUCUUCAAUUGUAGAUAAUGCAACUGAGCCUGAAAUCAGGAAGAGAAAGAGUUCUGCUGGUACCAGUGACAGUAAAUCAGAUAUCGAUCCUGCAGAUGGCUGUGCAAAUAAUGUUAAAACUUUGGUACAAAAGGAAACAUCCCAUUCACAAUCGAACCUGGUUUUUGGCUAUCUUAAUCUAUUCUCUGAUGGCGUUCACAAUUUUACAGAUGGGAUGGCUUUAGGAAGUGCGUUUUUGCUUCAUGGAUCUGUUGGUGGGUGGUCCAGAACUUUAUUUUUGCUUGCACAUGAGCUUCCCCAAGAGAUUGGCGAUUUUGGUAUAUUGGUAAGAUCUGGUUUCAGUGUUUCCAAAGCCCUGUUCUUCAACUUUCUUUCGGCGCUAGUGGCACUAGCAGGAACUGCUAUGGCUUUGCUUUGGGGACAAGAUCCGGGACAAUCAUCGUUGAUCGAGGGGUUUACGGCCGGUGGAUUUAUAUACAUUGCCGUUGCUGGAGUGCUUGCAGAGAUGAAUAACAAUGGCAAAACAACCUUGAAAAAUACUGCAGUGCAAUUAAUGUCACUAACAUCCGGCAUGGCUGUUGCCCUUUGUAUUUCACUUGUAGAAUAAAGAAAAAGAAAAGA